AUGUUUGCUCGAUCACUCUUCCUUCUCACCUUGAUGGUUUCUCCUGUCUUUUCGGCUACUCACACAGUCAAUGUGGCAAGCAACAAGAGUCUGACUUUCGAACCUUCUGAGGUGAAAGCUGAAUUAGGAGAUAUAAUCGAGUUCAGAUUCUUAGCUGGUAAUCAUACAGUGACUCAAUCGACUUUCGCUUCACCAUGUACGAAUGCAGGAUUUAACUCUGGUCAAAUACCUGGGAAUCCAGAUUCACCCACUAGUUACUCUAUCUUGGUUAAUGAUACUAAACCGAUUUGGGUUUAUUGUGCCACAGGUCAACAUUGUCAGAAUGGUAUGGUCAUGGCAGUCAAUGCACCUACUUCUGGAAAUACAUUCUCAGCAUUCCAAGCUAACGCUAUGGGCGGUGGAAACGCAACUACUACUGCCGGAAGCUCUACAGGGUCAACCUCAAUCUCUGCCUCCCUCUCCUCCUCAGCUGCUGCUUCCGGAGCAGGAGCGAGCGAAGGUGUGACUGGUUCUGGUACUGCGGCUGCGGCUGACCCGAGUGCUUCUGCUUCGGCAAGUAGUACCAAUGGUACUUCCUCUUCAACUUCCAGCGAUAGUUCCGCUGCUUCUUUGGAGAUCAACCUCGUACCGAUCAGUCUGGUGACUUUGUUGGCUCUUUGGUUCACUUUGGUAUAA